UUACUUUUAAUUUAAUUUUCAACUUUAAUUUAUUUUCCGUUAUUCCGUGAAUUCAAUUAACUAAUGUAUUGUUAUUAAUUGUUAUUAACGUAUUGUUAUUGAUUAAUCCGUAAUACCAUGGAAUUAACUGGAUUACAUAUUAAUAUUGAAAUAGUUUCAUUUCUAAUCAAUUGUUGACUCUUUUUAUUGACAGGGAAAAGUCAAAAAAAAGAGAGUGAUUAUGAUUCUGGUUAAUUGUGUUGGUUAAACAUCACUAACGGUACUUUUUCAGUAUCUUGUCUCUAAAUUGAUUGUGACAAUUUGCUUAUUUAAAGUCAAUUACCUAUUCUAACAAGUUUUUAUUCCCAUGGAUAGAAUAGAAUAGAAUAGAAUUAACAAAAACAAUUAUUUUCUCUUACUCAAAGUGUCUUCAAAAUCUGCUUCUUUUAUCAUCAUCAUCAUCACAUUAAUAUUAUUCCUUUAUUAACAAUUUUAAUUAAUUGAUUUAAUUACUAUUGUUACUAUUAUCUGCUUAGUAUCUUAAUCCUGCCCAAAAUUGAUACCAAUUUGUGACAAUUAAUAAUUUAACCUUUUCUAUUGCCUCUUGUAAAUAACGUUGCUACUAAAUCGUAAAAUUAUUUAUUUAUUUUCACAAAUGAUGAUUUUUAUUUCAUCAAAUUUGCUAACAAUUUUUGCUUUAAUCAUAUUCUUUUGCUAUAAAUCACAUCAACUGCCUUUAAUAUCAUCAUAUUCAACUGGUCAUUCUGGUAUCGGUCAAAUAUUGGAUAGUAGAUCUGGUGAUGUUUCAGAUUUUCUUGUAAAAUUUGGAUACAUACCCAAGGAUGAUACUCGAGCUGGAUCAAUACGAAGUAGUGAUUAUCUGCGAAAUGCAAUUAAGGAAAUGCAAAGAUUUGCCGGUUUACCUGUUACUGGAAUAGCGGAUGAAGCAACAAUUAAUUUAACGAAAAAACCACGUUGUGGUCUACCUGAUUUCUUUCCACUAGAUCAUAUUCGUAAUCGAGUUAAAAGAUACUCAUUGAAAGGACCCAAAUGGGAUAAAUUGGCAUUAACGUGGAGAUUCAAUGGUUCUCGACCCGAUACUCUGGAUGAAGGUUCAUUGUACCAGGAAAUAACUCGAGCUCUUGACCUGUGGAGUGCACAUUCGAAGUUGGACUUUCACCGUUCUCGAGCCAUCGAUGCCGACAUUAUAAUCUCCUUUUUCAGUCGAGAUCAUGGUGAUAACAUGUCUUUCGAUGGUAGAGGAAAUGUUCUAGCUCAUGCUUUCUUUCCCGGCCCUGGUUUGGGUGGUGAUGCUCAUUUCGAUGCUGAUGAAAAAUGGAUUCGUAGUGGGAUUAAAGAUCCUGAUGGUGUUGGUCUUUUCGGUGUUGCUGCUCAUGAAUUUGGACACUCAUUGGGAUUAUCUCAUUCAUCGGUUGUUGACUCACUCAUGUUCCCUUAUUACAGAGAUAUUAGUUAUGAUUUUGCUCUUCCACAAGAUGAUAUUAACGGGAUUCAAGAACUUUAUGGAGCUCGACUCGAUGAUAAUAAUCCCUGGUCUACCCCAAGGCCACCGCGACCUCGCCCCACAUCACCAAGGCCAAGUUCUACUACGAUCAAGCCGAUAGUUCCCUCAAUAUGUAGCACUGAUUUCGAUGCUGUUGCCUCAAUUCGAGAAGAAAUUUUCUUUUUCAAAGAUAGAUAUUUUUGGAGAUUAUAUGAGAAUAGAAGUUUGGAAAGGAAUUAUGCUGUUCCGAUCGAUGUUUUUUUCCGUGAUCUUCCAUCAAAUUUUACGAAAAUAGAUGCAGUAUAUGAACGAUCAAUUGAUGGUAAAUUUUUAUUCUUUAUUGGUAACCAAUAUUGGCUAUUCGAUAAUAAUAAUCUAGAAAGAGGUUACCCAAGGCCUCUUUAUACCCUUGGAUUACCUGUAGAUCUUAAAUCAAUUGAUGCUAUGACAAAAUGGGGAUACAAUGGACUAAUUUAUAUAUUUUCUGGUGAACAAUAUUGGCGAUUUGAUGAAAGAACCAAUAGAGUUGAACUUGAUUAUCCCAGAGGAAUGAAAAUUUGGAAAGGUGUACCAACCCAUUUAGAUGCUGCAACUCACUGGCCAAAAAAUGGGAGAACUUAUUUUUUCAAAGGACGAGGAUUCUGGCAAUUUGAUGAUCGAACCAUGUCCGUUAUUCCCGAUUCUCCGCAAUCAACGAUUCAUUUUUGGUUCGAAUUUUGUAAAAAUGAAGAAUAUCCCGAUUUAAAUUUCGAAUCUUCAAGCGAACCCUCAAUUCGAGAUGCAAAUGGUUCACCCUCUUCAUUAAUUCUGAUUACAUUUUCAUACUUUGCUUGUCUCCUCAUGAUGCUCAGUCUUUUAUUUAUAUUUAAUUACAGUGUAAAUAUAAGUUGAUUAAGAUACAAUUAUUAUUGUUAUUGUAGUUAAUCUAAUCUCAUUGUAUCAAUCAUCACAUACGAUUAUAUAAUAAUUUAUAUUUACAGAUGAAAAAGUUAUCAUAAGUUAAUCAUCAUCUUAUUAAUAUUGAUCAACAAUCAAUUGAUAACAAGAUAAUCAAUUUGUAUACUCAAUUUGUUAUUAAUUAUGGAAAACCUAAU